AUGUAUCGGAAGUUGUCUAAGUUAGAACACUCGGAAAUAAAACAACUUCUUACAGAAGCUAAUAUAGAUGUUGCAAAGCAUUACACAACAAACAAAAAGGCACUCGCUGACAUCCUCAAUGACUAUAAUGGUGAAAUAACUUAUGAUAGAAUUCAUGAGUUCAUAAAGCCGCAACGCGGCGAGGACGAAGUCCAUGCAAGAGCAUUUCCUUUAAAUGACGUUGCUAUUGACUUAUAUCAUAGACGUUCAAUACCACAUGAAGUAAGAAGAGAAAUGUUUGACAUAACAAAGCCGCAUGACGGCGCGGGCGUAGCCCAUGCAAACGUUGGUGAAACAAGAAGAAGAGACGACACACUGAAACAACAGAGAAGAGAGAUGUUUAAAAGUGCUAUAGAACAAGUUCGCAAAGCUAACGAUGUCAUUCGUUCCAUUGACGACAAACCAAAAGAAGGUGAGAGAUGGUUAAAGAAAGAUGAAGAAAAUAGGAAGAGGAAUGUGAAGUCAGGCAAUAGACUCAUUGACUUUAACAUCGAAGCUUUAGAUGAACCAAACAGAGACUACUUACACAAACAUUUCGGUAAGGUUUUCAUGAGACUCUUAGAGAAAAUUAAAAUAAACUCCCAACAGAGAUGGAUGGUAUGUUAUAAACUUGGUGGAAAGUAUGAAUGUUCUACGUUAAACCUCAAUAAUAUUGGAACAUUACUACAUCAGCUCUUGAAGGAGAACUUUAUAUCAGAGAUAGAAGCAAAUGCUGCAGGUAUUGUUGAAAUGCACUAUGACUUCUUCUUGACAAACAUAAAGAAUCUUACUGAAAUAAAGAUGUAUGAUUUAACAGAAUAUGAAGGCUUAACGAUGUCAGAUGUAAAGA